UUCUGAUAAAAAAAUCAAUUGAUAACGAUUUCCUUUAAAUAUUAGAAAUACAUUGAUCGAUUAGUGCUUUUGUUGGUAAACAAUAAAGUUGACCUUUAAAUAUUAAAUAACAAAAUAUACCUGGAAAGAAAGAGAAAAUUGUAUGAUCUAAUAGAAAAACAUUGGUCAUUAUAAUACUGUAUAUGACUAAUAGAUACUAUAAAUAAUUUGUUACUAAUAUCUCAAUAUGAAUUGACUAUAAAUUUCAACAGUUAUACAGAGUUGAAAAUAGAGGGUUUAUUAUUUCUAUAAAAAUCUUCAAUCGCGAUGAUAAUAAGAUGGAUAAUGGUAAAGUAAUACAAUUGUUAUCAAUUGACGAUGAUGGAUCAAUUAGUUUGGAGGAGGAAGGAGUUAUAUAUUUAACCGAAUUUUGUGAAGGUAAACGUUGUUUAUUUAUAUCUUCCUCUGGUUCCUCGAGAUGCGGGAAAUCUUUUCUACAAAAUUUAAUUAUAAAUGAGACUGUUUAUGACAAACUUGAAAAAGAUCAAGGGUUCGCCAGUGAUUCCGGAAUGAAUUCAGUCACUAGAGGUAUUCAAUUUUGGAGUAGGCCAAUUGUACAGAAUGUUGAUGGUGAGGAUAUUUUUACAUUUAUAAUGGAUUCCCAAGGAUUAAAUACCAUUGAAGAGCUGGGAAAGUACGAUAGAUUUAUCCUCUCGUUCUUGUUUUCUCUUUGUUCAAUAGUACUAUUUAAUGUUGAAAAACGUUUAACAACUGCCUAUCUGGAAGAACUUGAUUUCUGCUCAAUGUACGGAUUAGUUGGGGAAAGUUGCAAUAGAAGACAAAAGAAUUUGAUAUUUAUCGUUAGAGAUUGGCAGUAUUUAAAUAAUUAUUCGUAUGGCGAUAAUACAGACUAUUUAAAGACUAAUUUAAAACUGGAGAAUUAUCCAUUUAGUAGGAGCUUUGAAAAAAUUUCUUGUUAUCUUCUGCCAAAUCCAGGAGAUCAGAUUUGUUCUGGAUUGUAUAAAGAUUUACUAUUAGAUGUUUCUAAUGAUUUUAUUAAGUAUGUAAAUGAUUUGAAAAAUUUCAUGAUGGAUCAGUUAUAUUGUCUAUCUAAAGAAUUAUUAAACACUAAUUCGUUAAAUGUUGGAAUUGAUCAUAUAUUUGAUAGUUUAAGCUCGAGGAAAGAAAUUAUCGAACGAAUUACACCCAAUGAAGCUUCUUAUUCAAAAUUUAUGAAUAUUAAUAUGAUCUUGGAAGGUGUUGAAAAUAUUUUAUCUGAUAGAAUUCAAAAUGAAUUCGAUUCUUGUCUUCAAAGUUCAAUUUCAGUAGAAACUUUUUCUUUUGUUUGUAAGACUAUACUUGAAGAACUGAAGGUAACACUAUACAAUUCGAUUAAAGGAGAGAAUGAAGAUGAACAGAUAAUGGGCAAAUUUACUGAAAGGGCUAAUUGUAAAAUUAAUGCUAAUCUUAAAAUAUAUAGAGAAAAGAGAAUACUCAAAUCAACUAUUGAUAAUUAUAAAGCUAAUAUGGAAUCGUUUAUUUUCAAGUUCACUACCUCUAUUCAAUAUCCUAAACCAUUUCUAGAAUGCCCAUUCCUAUUAGACGCUCACAAAAACUUCUUUUCGAAGGCCUAUCUCGAAUUAAAAACUCUUUUUGGUUUCGAACCUGAAUAUGAUUGUUUAAGAUCAUUUACAGAUAAUAUUCAGAAAGUAUAUUAUAACAUUUAUCACCGAAGCGUACAACUUGAAAAAGCAUAUUUAAUUCUUGAUCGUAAUGUAAGACAACAUUUUGAUGUCAUUUUCGUUAAAAAAUAUGAAAAUCAAAUAUCUUUGAAUGAAGUUGAACUGGAAGAAUGCAGGAAAGAAGCAUUCGAAAAUUUUGAGCAUAAUCUCUAUCUGAACGAUUCAAUUCACCAAUUGUUUGAAUUAAACAUAGAUUUAGAUUUAAAAUUUACUAUGCAAUCAAGAUAUGCAGAUUUGCAAGAGUUUAAUGAAUUUAUUAAGAAAGAAUUAAACUUGACAAUAGGAGCAACUGUUGGGCAUGCUUUAUUGACUAUUGUGGGAAUAGCUCCUGCCGCUGUUUGCGCAGCUGUAAUUAUUCCAACGUUAGGAGUUACUAUCCCAUUAGCGGCAGGAAUAACUGGUGCAUCUGCAGGAGCUGCAAGUGUGGGUGGUGCUGUUGGUUUUGGUUUAAAACCUAUAAUCAAGUCUAUUGUAAAACGGAUUGAUAAAAAAACAUCAGCUUCCGCCCAGGAGGAUUUUCUUUCAAAUCAAGAAGUUUCAUUCCUAGAUCUAUUUAAAAAAGAAAGAAGCGUAGAAAUGACACAGGAAUAUCUUCAAGUAUUACCAGUAAGAAUGAAGCUAAAAUGUCAGCAAAUCCAUAACUUUGAAACUCUAUGAAACUCUUUUUUUGCAUUUUGAUUUUUUUCUGAAUUUUUAAUUAUAUUAAAAAACUAGAUCAGAAAACUACACACUUUUUAAUAGUAAUCCUUAUUCCAAUCUAAUUUUAGAAAAGAGGUCCUCAAAAUUAAUAGUUCUCAGUUGGAAUUUUGAAUUUUAUUGGUACUAUGUCGUAAGCAUUGGUGGUUCAGUGGUAGAAUGCUCGCCUGCCACGCGGGCGACCCGGGUUCGAUUCCCGGCCAAUGCAAUUUUUUUGAUUUUUCCAUAGAAACCAUUUAAAUAUAGUUUUAAUCGAAUUCUGAAAGAUAGACAUUAAAAAAAAAACAACAGUAAGAUAAAGUUGCGUAACUUUUAUUAUUUGUUUAUAAGUAUAUAGUAAUUUUCAAUCUUCAAUUAUAGAUCUGUUCAUUCUCAACUUUAAAGGGAUUAACUGCAUAUAAUCUUUGAAUAAACUGAUUAAUUUUUCAUUAUUGGUAAUAAUCCUCUUCAAAUUUAGAACCUUCAAGAUAUCACUCUCUCUUUCAUAAUCUAAAAUUGAAAUAUUAUCAUUUCUCACAUUCUUCCAUUUAAAAUAUACUUCCUUUCUAAGUUGAAUUUCAUCAAGAUACACAUUUGAGAAAUCAUUAGUUUUCAAUAGAUAAUCAUAAUGAACAUAAUCUUCGCAAGUUGAAAUAUCCGAGCUUUGGCUUCUGAAUCUGCUGUUUAACCAAACUAAACAGCAUGAGACUUGGUUUCCCUGUACGGUUUCUUGUGGUUUCCCCCUCUCUUUUAAUAGACUUUUUUCGUGUAGUACAGUCUUUAUAAAAUGAUUAAUAAAGUGUAAACGAUGAUCUAAUAAGCAAUCCACAUCAAUAUAUCUAUAGUAAGAUGUAAAAUCUAACAAUUCUUUUGUAAAUUGAUAUUUAAUAUCAACUGUGUAAUAAGCCGUAGUCUCGUCAUUACUUUUCAAGCAGAAUAGUUCGAAAUGUCUAUCGAAAUUAGUUACCAGUUUUUUCUUUAGAAAAUUAUAAACAUCUUUAAGUUUAUUUCCAUCAUUUAGUUUUUCAAAUAUUUGUUUUUUAACUAAUUUUAACUUUCCUUCAUUUUCUUUAUAAAUUAAAUAGAAAUUUUCUCCCAUUUCAUUUAUAACCAUUUUUAAAACUUCUUCUAUCCUUUUAUCUAAAAGAUCGUCAGUGAUUAUUGGCUGUUGAAUAUCAAAUUCACUAUUACUCUGAUAAACAACAAAUAAAAGUCUAUUGAGAAUUAAUUUCUCUACUUUUUUAAUUUUUUCAUUAUCAAAGUUCAUAUUCCUUUUGAAUUCUUGACAAUUUCUACAAAAUCUUUUUAAUGAA